CAAUGAUGAAUAGAUUUUGUUUUGAAGCUUUUGAUCGAACAAUGAGGGAUUUGAUGAAAAAGGUUAAUAAGGAUAAUUGUAAAAAACCUUUUGGUGGAAAAGUUGUUGUAUUGGGUGGAGAUUUCAGACAAAUUCUGCCGGUUGUUAGAAAUGGUCCUAGAGCUGCAAUUGUUAAGGCAACAGUUAGUUCAUCAAAAAUAUGGAAGGACUGCAAAGUAUUGAAGUUGACAAAAAACAUGAGGUUGACUAGUGAUACUACAAACCAAUCACACAAUGAACUCAAACACUUUGCGGAUUGGAUAUUGAAAAUUGGGGAUGGUUUACUAAAUGCAGAUGAGAAUGGAGAAGCACACAUUCAAAUACCUGAAGAGUUGUGCAUUUUACAUAGUGAGAAUCCAUUACUUUCUUUGGUUGAUUUUGUUUAUCCAGAUAUAGUUAGAAAUAUUGCAAAUGCUAAUUAUUUUGAAGAUCAAGCAAUCCUUGCUCCAACCUUAGAGAUUGUUGAACAAGUAAAUGAUUUUGUACUAUCUAUGAUUCCUGGUGACUCUAAAACUUAUUUAAGUUCUGAUACACCAUGCAAGUCUGAUGAGGAUUACCAGGUUCAAAGCGAUUGGUUUACAUCAGAAUUUUUAAAUGAUGUUAAGUGCUCUGGGAUACCUAAUCAUUGUCUAAAAGUUGGCGUGCCUGUAAUGCUUUUGCGGAAUAUUGAUCAAGCAAGCGGUUUGUGCAAUGGUACAAGGCUUCAAGUUAAGGAGUUAGGAAAGAAUAUUAUAACUGCCACAGUUAUCACUGGAAAAAAUAUUGGUGAAAGUGUAUAUAUUCCAAGGAUGGAUUUGGUACCUACUGAUUCCGGUCUACCUUUCAAGUUCUCUCGCCGACAAUUUCCUAUUUGCUUAUGCUUUGCAAUGACAAUAAACAAAAGUCAAGGACAAUCUCUUUCCAAGGUUGGGAUGUAUUUACCUCGACCAGUUUUUACGCAUGGCCAACUAUAUGUAGCAAUCUCUAGAGUUACAACAAAAAAAGGUUUGAAGAAGUUAAUCUUUGAUGAAGAUGGGAACACUUGCACUACAACUUUGAAUGUUGUAUAUCCGGAAGUGUUCGAAAAUUUGUAGGGACAUCAAAUACAAACAGCAAAUUCAGAACACAAGGCCUGAUAAUGUCUGCAAUUCUGCUGGUUUUUUGCUUUCUUAGGAGUAUCAACUUUGAAGCCUGUUUUUACUUUAAACUACAUAUAUUAUUGAAUGUUGUCAUUUUGAUGUACAUGGCCUUUAGGUUAUUUUGAUAGUCUGUAAGCCUGUACGUGGUCUUGAGCUAUGGUUUGAAGGAUACAAACUUAACCUUCUAUAUGAAAAUUUAGAAUUAUGAUUACUCCACUAUUAAACGUUGAUUGUAUAACUUAACCAAUUAUUGUAACUCCU